CUCUUGUCGUCGCCCAUACUGAUACAACCACCAAACUUCAAUUUCCCCAUAUUCACGAUACUUCAUAUCCCUUCCUUUGAUUCUGUUACUACUCUUUUUGUUUCGUCUACUUAUAAAAACUCUUUUUAAUUGAGAAAGGUACUCCUGAUACCACUCUGCUUGUCACUUGUCAUUCGUCACCUCGCCCAACCAAAUUCGCUCUUCCCCUAACUCCCGCAAUCCGUCCACUCUUUCGCCGCUUCCACACCACACCCCGUUUGUCCGCCGCGACUCGCUCAAAUCUCCCCCCCCCUCCACCCUCUACCACCCCAUCGCGACAACAUUCGCCAUCGCAAACCCGCGAUUCCGACGCAACAACAACAGCAUUUCAUACUCUUUUCACGACCUUGUACCAGCAUAACUACUUCAAUACUCACUUUUUAAUCGUCCAUAUUACACUCCGACAACUGUCGCAACUCGCCCGGUCGCUUCCGCGUCUCCUCAUCCCGUCGCAUCGGCAUACGUCAGCUUUGCGACACGGCUCCGUUUGCGCCCAACACCACAUCGCACCACUCUAGACCCUAACCAACCCAUGAUCUAGAGUCCGAACCUCAUCGCGACAACAGGCGCACAGGCGUCGCUGCUAGACAGCGGCGACACGGCGAGCAACAGGCACGCAGAAACGGGGAACCCUUUUACGCCCAGACGUCACCAUCAGCGCAUGCGAAUGUUCCGCUUCUCUUCGUGGAUCUCGGAAUCCAGGGGAGGCGACGAGGCGGUCCAUGGACACAACAAACUCGCCGGCAUGGAACAGCCGCUCGACAAGGACGCCCGCGACUACUCGGUCCAGCCCGUCGGCGCGACGAAGCGCAAGCUGGACGAUCGCGACGCGCCACCGCUCGGGGUGAGCGCGUGCGCCGCGGCGGCGAAGCGCAAGAAGGAGUGCGACAACAACAUGGGAGCAGGGUUGAGCGCGCCGCAGGCGGGGGAGAUUGAGGCGACUGCGACUGUGCCGAAUAGGUCGAAACCGGGCGCGCUGGCGAGGAUGCGCGAGGUCAUCGAUCACCAGCUCAGUCUCGAGGUGCUGAUGAAGCAUGAUGAGCUGCGUCGCAUCGAUCAGGAACUUGCGAAGGCGACGGUGGCGCUGGAUCAGUUGCGCCGUUGCCACCUCAUACCUUUCCCUGUGUCUCUGGGGAGCCCGGAGGCUAUGUUGACGGUCAGCACUGGGACGGGCCCAUCGAUACCUCAGGCGCGUCGCACGCAACCGCGCAUGGCGGCGCCGUUUGGCGUGACGGAGGGACCGUACAGCAGGCAUUACGCCAGCUGGCUCAUCCCGGAUCCGGAGUUCGACGGUGUGCAGACAGGUUGGGGCAUGCUGCCUGGCGCAGCUGCGGGGAACAACACGGCACCGGGUCGCACGACGAGGAAUAGUCUUGCUCUUGAGACGCCAACGACGAAACCACGACGCGGCGCUGCGUCGAGUAAGAAGCUUCAGGCGCUACCGAGCGGGUAUCCGCCACCCAAGGAGACUGCGGGACCGCUCGUGCUCAAGCGCGCUGAUGGGCAGUGGGUCAAGCUUGUGUGUCUCGUGUGCCAACGCGAGAACUUCGGCAGCACGCAGGGCUUCAUCAAUCACUGCCGCAUCGCUCACCACCGCGAAUUCAAGUCCCACGAAGAAGCCGCAUCGCAGAGCGGACAGCCCGUCGAAGUCGACAGCGUCACCGGCAGUAUCGUCGGCGGUGACUCGUCGAAACCCGCGCCACCUACGACCAACACACCCACCGGCUCAAGCACACUCGUGCACCCGCUCAUCCGCUCUGUACCAUACGAUCGCCAGACCGUCAACACGCUACUCGAGCGCAUCAGCGAGGGGACGCGGAUGUUCUACGAGGGGAAGCUGCCGGGUAUCACGUCCAUCCCCAGCGUCGCCCCUGCUGCGCCUUCGCGGAAACGCUCAGAGCCGCAUGAUGGAUUUGUGGCCUCUGACUCUGCACCUUGUCUCUCGCGCCUACUUCAUCGGAGAGGGUUCGGGCAGAACCUAGAUCAGCUUGUUGAGGAGGUUAAGACGCCGACGAAGCGGAGGAGAGUGGUUGGGACGGAUGGGGUGAGUGAUUCGGCGAGUGAUUCGGACUCGGAGUUCGAGAUGGACGCUCCUGAAGCUGCUGUGUUGUCACAUGAUGCUCCCGUCAACGGCGAGGUCGCUGCUGUUUCUGCUACUGCUGAUGCGGCGGCGCCGAUGUCUACACCGCAGCCGCAACGACAUGCUCCGAUCUUACCGCCUGGGUUUGCUAGACCGGGUAGUAGCAAGGGCCCUUCUACCACGCUUCGUAGACCGGGUAUGAUGCCUUCGAAUCUGUAUAGCACGCCGGGUAGCCCACCCACGCCCGCCUCGCAACACAUACUCCGCCUACCCCUCAUGGGACCGUAUGACACCAUUUCCUCCUCCACCUCCUCGGACGACAUCGACGUCGAGAUGGACGCCGCGGAUCUCUCGCCCGCUACUGCAUCCAACAAAGCACCUUCUUUGAUCUCGGAUGAUGGGGAGUACAGCUAUGUGGAGGAUGGGGAGAGUAGUGGUGCGGAGGAGAGCGUGGAGGGGGGUGAUGAGGGGGAGGGAGAGGAGGAGGUGGAGAUUGAGGAGGUUGGUGUGGUGAGGACGGGGAAGGGGGGGGCGAGGAGGAAGGGGGGGGAGGUGGGGUUUGUGAGGGCUGUUAAGGGGGGGAAGUAGACUGGCCCGAGUGCUGUCUGGCUUUCGUGUUGGGGAGGAGGGAUGUGAUCUCCCGAGGUGGAGUGUGGCCAUUACCCACGACUCCUGUUCUACGCCACUCUGGCAUCUUUUUUUUUGACACUCUUAUUACGCUUUUUAGUUCCGGGGAAAAGGGAGGGGAUGUUCUGUUUUUUUCUGUGUUUGAGAUGCUUUCUUUCUCGAACACGACAUACAAAACCUGUUGGUCGAUAGGGUGGG